GAAUUAUUCCGAUCGACACCCGUAAACGACGCUCUUAUUAGAAAUAAUUCGAUUUUUAACAAAAAUGCAUAGGUAAUUUGUGUUUAAUUUACACUGUAAAAUGAAAUAUUGCUGUUUCUUAAAUAAGCGUUCAAAAGAGCUGCGGAAUAUUAUCGUGUGGUCUUAUUUUUGUAAAAAAGUUCAUGGUUCCGUGAAACUAGAGUAUUUUAAUUGCCCUAAAUUAGUGGUUUCAUUGCAAGGAACGCGUGUUGUUGCAGUGUUUACUGGGAAUUUACUCAUGGGUGAGACCGGAGGAAUUUCUAAGUUUGGAUAACGAUGGAGACAGAAUCCGUGAGAUCUGAGCUAAGUAGCCGAUCGCGGCGGAGUUCAAGACACAGAUCUCACACGCAUCGCAGCACCAGAAGUUCAAAGUCGCAAAGGAAAGAUAGUGAUAAUACUAUGGCACCAUUUCAAACCAGUGUUAACAUCAACCCGGAGAUGGGGAGAGAUGGUCAGGAGGUGAUAGAAGUACAAAUAUUGCCUCAAGAUGAAAACUGGGGUGAAAAUACCACUGCAGUGACAGGGAACACUUCUGAAGGAUCCCAGUCAAUGGAGGAUGUUAGUAAUUGGCCCAUGGAGUCUGACAGUGGCAUAGGUUUUGUCUGUUCCAGAUACUUUGGGACCACUAUUGCACUUGGCUUGUCAUUUAUUUCAUUUGUCAGCCCAUUAGCAAUGGUAGUGUUACCUAAAAUAGGAUUCUUCCCUGGUCUAACAGAUAAUAUAGCUAUCCAGCCGAGCCAGCGGAUGCAACUGCUCUCUUGCACUGCAGAAUGUAAAGGCGUACUGCUCUCUUUAGCAUUUAAGUUAGUCUUAUUAGCCAUAGGGGUGUGGGCUGUGUUUUUAAGACCACGAAACGCUAUACUGCCAAGGAUAUUUGUUUUCCGAGCAAUGACUUUGGUCAUACUCGCAGUAUGUAUAUUCUCAUACUGGUUGUUUUACAUAGUGCAGAUUACUGAAGCUUCGAAAGCGCUAGCUGUUGGAGAAGAUGCAAUAGAUUACAAUUCACUAGUUUCAUAUGUGUCUAGUUUUGCUGAUACGUUGCUAUUUAUACAUUAUAUAGCUGUAAUUUUGAUGGAGAUAAGACAUUUAGAGCCAACAUAUUAUAUAAAGAUAGUACGGAGUCCCGAUGGUGAGAGUCGAUCUUACACAAUAGGGCAGUUGAGUAUACAGAGAGCAGCUGUGUGGGUCUUGCAGAAAUAUUAUACAGAGUUUCCAAUAUACAAUCCGUAUUUAGAGAAGAUCUCUAUUUCUAAGUCGCAGAGGAAAGGACAGAGCAGCAUCAAGUUUUAUGAUGUCGAUGGAUCUAAUACUAAUGCACCUUCAGGACAAGCCAGAUCGACGACGGGGUCGUGUACUGGCAGCGCGGGUCGUCGCCGCGACUCGGGCUCCACUCACAACGAGCGCUAUUACGAGGAAGCGGAGCGCGAGAGACGCGUGCGCAAACGUAGGGCUCGCCUGCUCACCGCCACUGAGGACGCCUUCGCGCACGUACGCCGCGUGAGGGUCUCCAGCGCUAACGGUGGGGCACUGGGCCCUCGUGAGGCCGCGCAGGCAGUGUUCCCUUCGUUGGCGCGAGCUCUGCAGAAAUAUCUGCGAGCAACGCGACAACAGCCCAGACACUCUGCAGACUCGGUAUUAGCUCAUCUCGCGCGCUGCUUAUCGCAAGACGCGUCGCCGCGCGCAUUUCUCGAGCCAUUCUUUGUAGAAGGCCCAGUUCUAGCGGCCGACCAGGAAACCAGACCUAUACAACGCUGGUCUCUCAUAUCGGACGAGCUUUUAGCCCGACCAUUGGCACACGGCAUAGAAUUCCAGCUGCGGCAAGGCGACAUAUCACUAAUAUGCUCCAUAAAGCAAAUACCCAAGUUUAGUCUGGCCGAAGAAGUGGUGGAUCCGAAGAGCAACAGAUUUGUGCUAAGGCUGAACUCUGAAACGUCCGUUUGACAGGAAGAAUUUCUAACCCGGGAUGAUCACCGGCUGGUAUGACAUUUGGAUUUUAUCUAGUACGGUUGCCUGAUGCUUUGGCUAAACACAGGUGAUUUAACUAGAGAAUUUUAAUUGUAUUUUGCUAGGGUUUUAUGCUUAAUUGUGUGAGUGAAAUUGUUCAGCGAGCAAUAUUUAAGUUGGGUCAAUCUUAAUACCGAGCUAUCUCUCUCACUACGGGACAUUGGCAAAUAUUCUGUGUAAAACGGUAACAGCCAUAGACAACAAAUAUUAAAAAGUGCAAGUCACUUUAAUUUUACGUAUCUGGAUGUCUGCUGGGGUUUAUAUAAUGAGCAGCUUAUAAGCGCUUAUACAAAAGUAUGUUAACACAUUUUAAUGAAGUGUUGUUUAAGCAAUUAACUCUGUAGGUUCAAGACAUAGUUUAAUACGUUGUUCGUAAUAACGUUAUAGAUUGGCAACAUCGUCGCUACGUGAAAUAAAUCUAAUCUACGUUUUUGACAAAUUCAUAAUUUUGGAAGUAUUACCCUAGGCCCUAGGAUGUAUCUUAUUUAUAGUAAAAUAAAGUUCAGAACAGACAGACAGCCAGAGAUAGUUAAAUUGUGCUGCGAAUAUGAUAGCAACUACAAAAAUCCUACACUUAAAAAACUCAUUUUUGAUAUUAGUGUAGGUUUACUUAUAAGUUGUUUGCAUAAAAAAGUGAAGGUUUUAUUUCAUUAUAAAACAUUUCCGAUUAUGAAUCACAACACAAGUGCAAUCUAACAAUUAAGAAUCUCAAAUUAGGUUAAGCCUUUGGACACGCUAAAGCCAUUCUGACAUUCAAAAAGACUAAACAUGCAUUUAAAGGUUUUGAUACCAUGUUUUUACAAACAUAAAUUUAGAUAUUUUUAUUUGAUAAUGUACAUUUUGUGGCAUAUACAUACGUAAUUACAGAAUUGUAUAAGUAAUAAUAUAUAGUUAAUAAGGAUCUUUUUAUUAAAUGCACAAACAUUUAUUACAAAAUCACUUAGUGGUAGACUGUUACCCCCAUCACGAUAAAGGCCGAAACAGACUUUAGAAACGCGACGCCACUUGACGCGUGUUGAGUCAAAUCAAAUGUAUUAUUGAUGUGUAACAUCUUUCCUCUCGUUUUUGUGCAAUUUGUGGGAGUGAUUACGUGAAAUGGGACGGAAGUGUGUAACAGGAAGUUUGGGAAGCGCGCGCUAUUUGAUUUGAUUUAAGAACAUAAUGUU